AUGCCAUACGAUUUACGUCCUGUUCAACACUACAUUGGAUUGUGGUCAUUGCAGUCCGUCACGGGAAGAGUCAAGGAUCUCCCACCUCCUGACCAAAUCGACUUCUCCAUCAAUCCGGUUCCCAAAUUUGGAGCACGAGCUCUCAAUAUCACGCACACAUACUACAGGAAUGAACAGGUAAUUCGACAUGACUACGGCUACAUGCCAGUUAAAAACGCUACAAGAAGAGAUCCACGAAUUCAUGUCGCGUAUCUGACAACCUCCAGCGAAGGCUGGUCGAUGAUGGAGCAGGGUCAAGUGAAAGGACCACAGAUGACAUUCCACCUAAAACAAUACCUAAGAAGGAGCUUUGACGUUGGUAACCGAAACGAUCUUGAAAUUCGCGAGUUCGAACGACAGUUUGAAAUGCCGUCCAACACACAGAUGAUAAUGAAAGUGAGGGCCGAGACCAACACAGACAUAGAGAACUACACAGCCUUAUAUAAGAGAAUACUGGGAUGA